AAAAGGUAAAUUUUCGGCCUUCAUUGUUUUGCUUCUUUCCUUAUAUGAAACUAAUCCAACUUUAUGCAACAGCAUCUAUUCAUAGUUCCACUAAGCUUGCGGUCACAAAGGUCGAUCCUCCUUGCUCAAUGACCAAAGCUAUUCGGUCUUCCCCUAGCGUUACAAGCCAAUUUUUUCAAACUGUAGAAUCAAAUGAGCAAGCCGACUUCACAAGAGAAGAAUUGCAGCUGGUCACCAGCUCACCGCCAAGGCCUAUUGCUCCUGCACAGGCUGCUUCACUCGUGAUUGAGAUAGAUGAUGAUGUCUUUGAGAGUGAGGAAUCCAUCAAUGCUACCACCCUCCUUCUUCUUGAGCUAUUGAAUGGUAAUCCAUCUAAACUUUGCCAAGUCAUUGAUCAAAAUGAGGCAUUCAAUGCUGCUGAGGUCUUAAGCAAGGCUCCCACAUUGGAUGCAUCAGUGCGUAUGUUCUGGAGCAAUUUCCCUACUGUUUACAAGAACUUUAGCCAGCUGUUUAUGAAUGAGAAGAAAGUUGUGUCAGAAGCAAUCGCGGUGCAGAUCUUGCUCGGCAAUGCAACAACAAAGGAAGAAGACAACCUCAAAUCCCUUAAAGCCGAGAGAAGCAAAUUACUAGUUGAGCUCAAGGAAGAAGGACGUGAAGCUUUGGCUACAAAGAGUGAGGCUACACAACAGGAGGAGAAAUCAAAGGAAGCCAAUAACACGCUACAGCAAAUGAAAGAUGAGUGGGCCACCUCGAAGCAGAACCUUUGCUAGGUUUUUUUUUUAGGUUAAAUACCCUUUUUGGUCCCUCUACUUUAGGAAAAAGCCCUUUUUUGGUCUCUGUACCGAAAAAAUCCCCUUUUUGGUCAUUACUGUUCACAAAUCCGGCCCUUUUUUAGUCUUUUCGUUAAAUUUUGGCUGAUGUGGCAGGUUAAUUAACGAAAAAACUCAUU